AUGAAUACAGACGGCUGUGCAAGCCUAUCUGAAAGACAGAUUGGAAGCUCUUCCUUGGAGAUCGACUUGGAGCUGCGACCACCCGAAAACUCCGAUACUGAAUCAGAAGGAACUGAUUCCUGGCCCGAGGCAAGUGACGUCGAGAGAGAUUACGUCUCUGAGCCAGAAGCGAGGACAGACUCUAAAUCAGACUCCGACACUCUUUCCGAGUCAGACGAGUCUGAUGACGAGUUGGAGGAUGAUCUUCUAGCAGGACGAGGGGAAUUUUCUGAAGAAAAUAUUCGCGAAAGCUUUGCACUCGGCAAUGAGAUGAGAAUUUUGAGCUUGGAUGAGUUGAGAAGGUACGAAGAAGGAUUUGGCCCCGAGGAUAAGAGGCCUAAAUACGCUCAUUUGAUCGUCGAGGAUGAUUUACAGAGAGAAGAGCGGACAGAAUCUCACAGACGGCUAGAAAUUGCAAGCACUGUCAAACAAAUAACAGAAUACGGGGUAAUGAACCGAAAACUGCUGGAUCUCUACAGUCAGUUUCAGGAGAAAGAGAAAGAAGUCUUCGACAAAUUUGAAGAAAAAAUUGAACGGUCUGAAAGGCGAAGAAUGAAGCAGAAGAAACAAGCUGAUAAAGAAAUUGCUCGCCUUGAGCUCAUGAUUCUGAACAGAAAAGCAAAGCUGGAACGAAUUUCUAAAGAAAAAGCCGUCGCGGAAGCAAUUGCAGAAGCAUCUUUGCCUGAGACAGACGCUGAGAAAGCAGCUCGGCUGGCACAGUUUAUCAGUGGCACGAGUGAUGACGAGAACGACGCAGAAGAUACAGAAGAAGAGGAGGAAGAGAAGGAGACGGAAGAAGAAGUAGAGGAGGAAGAGAAGGAGACGGAAGAAGAAGUAGAGGAGGAAGACGACAAUGAUGAGGAAGAAAAUGAGGACGGCAAGUUAGAGGACACCCUGCCCUUGGAACCCGCCCUCGUUGACGAGCAAAUACCAUUGGAGCCGAGCAAUGAAGAAAAGGAUGAAAGCACUGGUGCGAAUUCCGAAGCAGAUGCAGUUUGCGGUCCAGAAUCCUUGUCAGAAAACGACGGAGAAGCCGCGCUAGAGAAGGACGAGCAAUAUGAAGAAGACAAUCCAAGUUCGAACGUUAAAGAAGAGCCUUCUCGAGAAUCAGACAAAAUUAAAGAAGAGUUUGUGGGCUUCAACCAGCAUCAACACGAUCUUCUUAUGUCAAUGAUCAAGAAGAACGAGGCUCCUGCACCAGGGAAUCCUCAAGAAGCCGUCAUCAUCAUCAGUGACGAUGAUGAAGAUACACCAGCUCCUGCAACGGCUCCAGUUGAGAUGAUUGAAUCGAUAAUCAUCUCGGACAGUGAUGAAGAGAAUGAAGAGCCUCGAGAACGGCCCGAAAUGUAUUUUCCAGUCCCAGGUUUAAAUAAAUACGAACUUGGCCUUAUGAAAGAUGCUGGUAAAUUCGCGCCAGAUGAACGCAAGAAACGAAAAACACCCCGGAAGAACUACAAAGAAUAA